AUGUCCGCUAACUCGUGGAGGCAGUGGCUUAAGCUGACGAAAAGGCAGCUUAAGCAGAUCCGCCAAACGUUGGACGAUGAGAUUCAAACUGUAUUGGAAAGGAACAUACCCCGCCCCCAAAAAUCUUUAGUCAGGAUCCCAGUUUCGACCAGGCCUAGCGCGGGCUUUAGAAACGGCAGCAGAUAUAUCCACACUCAAACCCAGAAUGUGGCGAGAGGUACUGGCAACGCGCAAAGUGUCGGCUACGCUCGUAGCGUUCAGGGUGGUGCAAGGGGGACAAGACCUGUCCUCUCCAGCUUCAACGGCAUGUACCGAGCGCCUGGUGGAGUUCCUCGCGGUCUCUUCUCGAACUGGAACAUGACAACUUCGCGUUUUAAAUCGGGGAGGGCGUAUUCAACGUCUGCUAUCAAAAUCACACACGAUGCAGUCCAGAACCUCUCGAUAUCCCUGCGUUGCUUCUAUAAUCUAUGGGACGACUUCCUGCCAGCAAAUGAGUCUGCGGAUUGCCAAAGAGUGCCUUUGCAGGCAUGCCAAGCACCCAAAAGAUCACUCGGAGCGCGCGAGGUCUCGACAGUGCGUGCGAUGGAAGUUUUCCGCAUGAUCCAGGCGCACAAGCAGGACCUACCUCCUAGUAUUUUGGAAGAGUUGGAUGCUAUGGGGUGCGUUGUCCAGUUUGAGCUCCCACACUUGGAUAUGUCUACCAUGCCAUCCAUGGUAUUCGCGAGCGAUGAGGCGCUCAAUGAAUGGCGCGACAAGAUGGUCGCUUGCCACGCCAAGCUACGUCAUAUUGAGGAGAGCGUGCGAAAAAUAUACGAGCAUUACGGCGCGUUACCACUGGAGUUUGGAGAAAGCUUUGUGCGUGUUCGCUUUCCCAACAUCACGGCGCCAGAAGCAGAGAUAUUGAUGCGAGAUUUGGGUCUGACCCUGGGUCUCGUUCUUCCCGAACCGCAACCGAGCACUGAACCUUCUUCAUCCCCAGAAUGUUUUGAGUACUGCUCUAAUUUCUCUGCAUCGUAUUGUGGUUCUAGUAGGUGUGCUUCUCAGUUCGCCCCAGUUCUGUCUACCCCGUCUGAGUCAAGCUUCUCUGUACUUUCUUCUCAAGGAUGA